AUGUUAAAACACGUUAGCAGGGUUUUAAGUCUUAGGAAGUUUCCUGUUGGGCUCAGACCCCUUUCUUAUAAGCUACCGAUUGAUUUGAGUACUCCAAAGGAUGAUAAAUACCAAGAACUCAAUAAUAUGUAUGUUGAGAUGUUUACAGAGGGUAGUUCUACGUCUGCUGGAAACACACAUAGUACUGAAGAUUGGCAGGGUAGUGAAAUUGAAAACCUCAAUCGUGAACUAAAUGAAAUUUGUAAUAUUCCUGUGUUGGCUCCUUCUGCGCUACAGGAAAAGGCAUCGGAAAGCGGACGCUUCAUAAUACGCAGUUUAUCCACCGAUCCAUAUUUUAACCUUGCAUUGGAAGAUUUCGUAUUCAAGAAAACCCCAUUAGCAUUAGGAUCUCCUCCAAAUGCUUUGAAAUCCGCUUUUCAAAGCGAAAGAUUGAUUUUCUACACGAAUCGCGACUGUGUCGUGAUCGGAAAGAACCAAAACCCGUGGAGGGAAGUAUAUCUCGACAAUCUGAAAGCCAGCGGCUUCGAAUUUAUUCGUCGUCGCUCGGGUGGUGGUGCAGUGGUUCAUGAUCUGGGGAACAUCAACUACUCGUAUUUGACGUCUCGUGAGAAGUUUGAUCGAGUCUUUUUCAAUGAACGAAUCGUCGAAUGGUUGAAGCCUUAUAACUCAACCAUAGCACUUAACGAAAGAAGCGAUAUCACCUUGGCGGGGAAGAAGAUUAGCGGUAGCGCCUUUAAGAUAGCAAGAGGGAAGAGCUACCAUCAUGGAACAAUGCUAAUUUCCUCACAACUGCAAAAGUUCUCGAACCUCUUGAAACCAAACUCCGUUCCAGGCGUUGAUUGGAAAUGUGCCAGUGUUCCUAGUGUAAGAUCUCAUGUUGAUAACCUAAUGGGGAACGGAAUUGAUACAGCAGACCAAUUUUGUGACAUCGUGGCUACUGGUUUUCGAAAGUUGAUGAACGAAAAUAUACCAUUGUAUUAUUGUGAUGAAUCAUCAGCUACCCCGGAGAUCACGAACACCAUGAACGAAUUAAAUAGCCCGGAGUGGAAGUAUAUGGGAGGUCCGAAGUUUACAGUAUUUUUGGCUGACAGGGAAUUCAAGGUCGAAAAUGGCUACAUAGUGGAAAGUAGUUUACAGCAAACAGUGGGACAGUCCUUCCAAGAUUUUGUGGUAGCAUUGAACAAUGGAGAAUACAGUGAACUAUGCGGUGUUAAGCUAUAA